GUUGCUUUCUCCGUCUAGUGUGCAUGUCGGGGGUCUCUGCCGUAGCCAAGUGAGAGCACCACGCCGAGCUGCUGGCAGACGUGAUGUUUUACCGGCUGCUGUCGGUGGUCCGAAGACAAAGGACCGGCCGAGGAUGGCAGAACUGGUCGUCGGGGAGGAGCGGCGCGUCGGCUGCCGAGGCGCAUUCUGUCGCCCUGCCUGCCCAGGCGCAGGUGGUCAUCUGUGGUGGUGGGAUCAUGGGCACAUCCGUGGCCUAUCACCUCUCCAAGAUGGGGUGGAAGGAUAUUGUCCUUCUGGAGCAGGGCAGGCUGGCUGCCGGCUCUACGAGGUUCUGUGCUGGUAUCCUGAGCACCGCCAGGCACUUGACCAUCGAGCAGAAGAUGGCAGACUAUUCCAACAAACUCUACCACCAGUUAGAGCAAGAGACGGGGAUCCAGACAGAGCCCCUGAUGUGUUCCCACCUGCGUCUCAUGCCAGACCUGGAGACUCUGGAGAUCCUGAAGUUGGUGAACUGCCCCGAGACCUUCACCCCAGACAUGAGGUGCAUCAUGGGCGAGUCUCCUUCAGUUCAGGGCUACUUUGUGCUGGCGGGAAUGAACUCUGCUGGCCUUUCAUUUGGUGGAGGGGCUGGAAGGUUCUCAGAGGAGGGUAAAGACUCACUCCGAUGCCAGCACACGUGUCCGUGAGGCAGAGGAUAGACCAAGCCAGAAAGCAAGGUAGUGUCUCUGCUGCAAGCUUCCAUAUAAGACAAGGAACCACGGCAGGGAACCAGGAUUUACAUACAUGUGGCACGAGUAAGCAGGUGUUCCAAGGGAGGAGAGGGGCCACAGGAGACGGGCAGCCCUGAGUUUUAUCUGCUUGAGGCCGGUACACUUUGUGUUUCCAGGUUCAAAAAGAAGAGAGUAGAGCCCCUCCCUCAAGAGAGCACAAGAGGUGACGGCGGAUCAUUUCAGAGAGAAAAAGGACCAGCCAUCGUACCGUCUGGGAGUCCAGAUCUGAGGGAUCUCUAGGGAGAGACGAGUGAUCACACAAGGUAAAUGCACGUGGCCUGACUGCCCGGUGUGCAAGGAGACAGGAGUGAGUCACCCCCUUCAGAGUUAGGACCAAAGAGAGAAACUACCCGAUUCACACUGAUGAUGUCUGAAUUAAGCAAGAGAUUUCAAGGGUGUCAAAGUGGCAGAAGCGAAGUGUGUGUCAGGGCCCUCAAUAAACAAGUGAUGCCUCAGGAUAUUAACAUCUCACCAGAGUCUUAAAAGUGUGACCCUUAACACAUAAAUCUAGGAUGUCUUUUAGAUUCAACCCUAAAUAAUCCUUCAUUUACAAAGACGAGUGUGGCACAGAGCACGGCAUACUUUAAGUGCCGCGUUCCUUGGUCAGUUGGGCCCCUGCCGCGUCGGCCCAGCGCCCGCUCUCCUAUGCGCAUCUCCACUGCUGCACUCUGCUUUGCAGCGGGGCGACCGCUCUGCCCCUUUCUCCUCCUUCUCCUCCCUACCCAGGGGGCAGCAGCUCUCAGGGAACAGAGUUCUAACGACCUACUCCCUUAAUAAAUCAAUCGAGACCUCCUUGAGCAGUCACUAAUCAAGUAGGAGUUGUCUGGCUGGGGAAAUGGCAAGCAGUGUCUAGAAGGAAUCCAUCUGAUUAAGUAAACACCCCAAGGACAGACCCGCCGGAGAAUUUUCAGCUGCUCUAAAACAAAAGACUCUCUAGUACAGAGACCUAUCAGAGCUAACGCUUCCAAGUUACCACAACAAAGGUUUAAAAUCUGGAACAGCACAGGAUGGACGCAGAGCCUACCUAACAGUGUGGAGGGCCUUCCCGGCGCCCCAGGCCCUUUUCCAUUCCAGAGACCCAGAGCGCCGGCUGGCUGGCGGGCAGACCCACAGACCCGUGGGGUCAGUCGGGGGGGAUCUGCCUGUUCUGGGCCAGAGGAAGCCAAACAUGGGAGGCCAGCCAGCAAGGUUUGGUUCCUCACCAGGACAGCACACCCACCCUGUUCCGCAGGGACAGCAGCGCCUGCCGCACGAGGGACAGGUGAGGGAGAUGCUGGGUCGGGUCACCGAGCCUGGAGCGGCGGGAAGCAGCAGCCUUCUAAGGGCGGGAAACCACCUCGGUGCUGAGCACCUCCGGAGAGCAGACCCUUUCAGCUGGGAAGAGCAACACAAAAGGCAACGUGGUUUUCCCUUUCAAACACCGGCUUGUUUACUCAGGCCAACAAACCCUCUGAGACAGAAGGAAUUUUAGGCCGGAGCCAGGUCAGCUGUUCGCUAGAGACCAGGUAACGUCCCCGUGAUGCCGCUCAUGAGUGAGGUAGAUGGUCAUCCUCUUGCUAGAGGGGUCAGGGUGCCCACCCACAGCCCAGUGGAAAAGGAGAAUGGUCUGCCUGGUGUAGCACGGGCGGGCUCGCGCAAAGCGCUGAGUCAAGCACACAACACCCACCAAAAUGAGCGGGUGGGCGCUCCGAGAAAAGUGAGCCCCCGCUUCCCUUGCUUCGAGACACAACAUUAGAAAUCAGACGGUCACGGUUACCUACUUCCACAAGUGGAGUGUGCACCUGUCCUGCCCAUCAGCCAUGCUUCAUGUUGCCACGGGAAUCGGGGGGGUGAAGGGGUGGGUGGGAAGAACAGCCCAGAAUGAGUAGCAGAUGGGAAAGUGCAGAAGGGAGGAGGAAAGGUGGAAGGAGAAGAGAGGCUGCAAAGCAAAAGGUUUAAAAGCGGGUGAAGUUUAAAAUCCCAUCAAGGAGCUGGGAGGACAGGGGUGGUGGUGGGGGGGAAGCCCCGCGGGAGUGGGCAGGUGGGGAAGCGAGGCUAGUGGCCAUUACUUCCCGUGCAAGUCACUGAGCUCCACGUCAUCCUUCCGGCGCUUGUGGGUGAACAGCGAGGUGACCGGGUAGAGCUUCGCCUUGGCCUGGAACCGGUGUCCCGCGAUGUCAAUCUCAUACUCCCCCCGGUUGAUGAAAUCUGUUGUCACCACCUGCUCUUCCCCAGUGUCCUCAGAAAAAUUGUGCACGAAGCCCAGGCAGACGUGGCGCUCCAGGGUGUAGCUGUAGGCACUGCUGGUGGUCUUGCCCGCGUACUGCCCGUUGCGGUAAAUGGGCUCUCCCCACCACGGCCAGAGGUCCAGGUCAGUGUCGUGAUCGUCCAGGAUGAACAUGGUGAGGCGUUUGUACACCCCAUUCUGCUUCUGCUGCAGCAGGGCAUCGCGGCCGAUGAAGUCCAUCCCCUGGGAAAGAAGGGCAAGGCUGAGACGGGGCGGCCGCGCUGGAGGCCGCACUCGCCCCCCAGCGCGGCUUUCCCACUGCAUGAAAACCUGCUUUCACCAUAUUAAAAGACCUCAGAGAACUUCUGUAACACAGGCAUACAUUUUUCAGAGUUCACCCACAAGACCACAUAGAAAAAAAUAUUUAGGAAGAAAAAUCCUCCAAACGUACUCGCUAGAAUUAUUUUAGAAAAACUUAUGUUUUUAUAUAAUCUCGACAAAAAGCCCAUGCAUAUACAUCUAUAUUCAGUGCAUACAGGUUUGUACAAGAAACCUCAGCAGGAUAGAAACUGAGUGAUUAUGAACAGAUAAAACAGGUGUUUUUAAAUUUCCUUCAUUCUUUUCCCUAUUUUCCAAAAUUAGUAUUACUUUUAUAGCAGAGAAAAAUCGUUAUCUGUAAUUGCUCACCGAGAAGACUAGAGACCUACUGCACUGCGAGGGAAGGACUAAGAGAUUUUGUUGAGCUGCAGCGAGCAAGCAUGUGGAGGGCCGG